GUCUGCGCUAAGAAGAAGCAGACCAAGAGUUUUGGUUUUGUUUUGUUUGUGGUCGCGUCAUCAUUGGCUCUAGCAAGGAAUUGUACUAAAUUCGACGCCGUGACCUUCGCUGCGCCACAUUCAUUGCCAGUGUCAGCAGCGCAUAAAAGAGAAAAAAAAAAACCAACAACAAAGACAAGUCAAAGCAAGAAAAUCAAUGGAAGACUUAACCCCAUUGACAAACCUUCAACAGUUUUAGUUGAACGUUAUUUAUAUGUUUUCUUAACUGCCAGCGCAAUCAACGCGCCAACUGCCCGCAUAUCCAUUUACUACAGUAUCUAGAUAACUUAUCUAGAAUUUUUAUUUCUUGCCGAGCCCGCCAAGCGCAAGCCGAAGAUGUCCGAGCGACAGCCGCUGCUGCUGCAGCAAAGCGACAAUUCCGAUUAUGAAGGCAAUCGCAGCGGAAACGGCUUAAUCCGACCGCCGGUACGCAGCUCACCGCCGGACAGUACGCUGGUCAAUGUGCACAGCGAGGACAGCAUCGCAGUACACGCGGCAGCCCACGGUGAUGAUGAUGAUGAACAGAGCAGCCAGACGGGCGAGGAGCAGCAGGGCAAGUCGCUCUACAAUCCCACACACCAUCGCGCGCUCGAACAUCCCACAUCGAACUUCGAUACGUUGGUGCAUCUGCUAAAAGGCAACAUUGGCACGGGCAUAUUGGCCAUGCCGGAGGCAUUCAAGAACGCCGGCCUCUAUGUGGGUCUCUUUGGCACCCUGAUAAUGGGCGCCAUUUGCACGCAUUGCAUGCACAUGCUGGUCAACUGCUCGCAUGAGUUGUGCCGACGGCUGCAGCAGCCGUCUUUGGACUUUUCGGAGGUGGCUUUCUGCAGUUUCGACACGGGUCCAUUGGGACUGCGACGCUACUCGCACUUGGCGCGACGAGUUGUGACCACGUUUCUGUUCAUCACACAGAUUGGCUUCUGCUGUGUCUACUUUCUGUUCGUGGCGCUCAACAUUAAGGAUGUGAUGGAUCACUAUUUUAAGCUGGAUGUACGCAUCUACCUGCUGUUGAUGCUCUUGCCMAUGGUGCUGUUGAAUUUGGUGCGCAACCUGAAGUACCUGACCCCAGUCUCUCUGAUUGCGGCCGUGUUGACGGUGGCCGGCUUAGCCAUUAGCUUUUCGUAUAUGCUGCACGAUUUKCCCGACACGCAUACGGUUAAGCCGUACGCCACCUGGGCCACAUUGCCGCUGUACUUUGGCACGGCGAUCUAUGCCUUCGAGGGCAUUGGCGUGGUGCUGCCAUUGGAGAAUAACAUGCGCACACCCGAAGACUUUGGCGGCACAACUGGGGUUCUCAACACGGGCAUGGUCAUUGUGGCCUGUCUGUACACCUCCGUUGGAUUCUUUGGCUACUUGAAGUACGGUGAGAGUGUCAAGGGCAGCAUUACGCUCAAUUUGCCACAGGGUGAUGUUCUAUCGCAACUGGUACGCAUUUCCAUGGCCGUGGCUAUAUUUCUGUCGKWUACYCUACAAUUWUAUGUGCCUGUCAAUAUGGUGGAGCCUUUUGUGCGCAGCAACUUUGAUACGACGCGCGCUAAGGAUUUGGCGGCGACGGUGCUACGCACAGUGUUGGUCACAUUUACCUUUAUUUUGGCCGCCGUCAUACCCAAUCUGGGCUCGAUUAUCUCGCUCGUCGGCGCCGUCAGCAGCUCAGCGUUAGCGCUCAUUGCGCCGCCUAUCAUUGAGAUAAUAACCUACUAUAAUCAGGGCUAUGGCCGCUACAACUGGAUGCUGUGGAAGGAUUUUCUCAUAUUGAUAUUUGGUCUCUGCGGCUUUGUGUUUGGCACCUGGGCCAGCGUGGCUCAAAUUUUAAAUCCGAGCAUAGACUAGAUAGAUACCCACUCCAAUAAUUUUUAUGAUCGUGUGCGAAUUUACGACAAAGGCUUUACUGUUCUUUACUUUUUGUUCGACUACAACCCUACGAUAAGCUUUCCCGUAUACAAAUAGGUUUUUAGUUUGCGAUUUUUGUCUUGGUUUUUGCUUUUUGUUGCCCAGAAGACGUUGACGUCGCCAGGUGCUUUGAUUUAGAUUUGAUUUUGAACUCUUUUAAGCCGAUUUUAUUUAUUUAGUCUAGUAUAAUAAUUAAAGUUCAGUACCAGACAAUAAUUAGCAUUUUCCCAAGGCCAAAAAACAAUUGUGGUUGAAUUUAGCAAAUAUUUUACGUUUUGUUUUAUGUCCAGCUUAGUUAAGUUUAAAGCUUGUUUUCGAUGAUCGCACAAUGCCAAAAAAGUGAUUUCGUAUAGUAUUUCUAAACAAUGUUUUGUUUAGUUUUAACUGUUUAGGGAUUUUAGUUCAGGUCAUUCCAAAUGCCAAUGGCCGUUAAUAAAUCGUGUUUGAAGAAGUCGUUAUAGAUGUUGUGUGUGAGUUGCACAUCUUUCCCUGUACUAUAUGAUAUACGAUA